AUGAAAACAAUAAAUAAUAGCGAAAACUCUAUGACAUUAAUAUGGAUUAAAGGACAUGCAAAUAUUAUAGGAAAUGAAACUGCAGAUAUUCUGGCGAGAGAAGCCUGUCAAAAUGGAGAAGAAUACACGAGGCUGCCGGCAUUAGAAUUAAAUUAUCUGGUUAAAGAGCAGAGUUUAAAAACUUGGCAAGGAGAGUUUUCAAAAUCUUUAAGUAAUAAGGACUCAACAUACGAUCUGACAAAUAUGAAGAUAACACAAAAAACGUGGUUUAAAAAUGUAAAAGAGGACAGAAAAUUUAUUUCUACCAUAUCAAGACUGAGAUUCGUGUUGCAAAAAUAGGAAUAAUACAAAAUCCCUCGUGCCAGUG